UAAAUUCAGUGCCAGCCGCCGCUGACGCCCGCAGGCCGAGGAGGCCAAGCUCUACUUGAGAAUUGGGGCGGAACCUAAGUACCGGCCGUUGUUUCCGCCCGGUGCCUAUGGGCCAAUGGACGUGGCUCCGGAGGGGGACUGCGUCGAGAACGGGCCGGAAGUUGCCGUUGCUGGGGUUUUGGCCCGGGAACGGCACCGGGCCGGACGAUGGCGUCGCUGGGGCUAAGCGAGCGAGAGCAAGCCGGCUGCCGCGAGAUGCUGGAGCUGCUCGAAACCGAGGAACUGAUGGCGCUGACGGACACCGUUACUAACCGGCUGGUACACCCGGAGAACCGCCAAGAGGCCAUUCAGGCCAUCUUGGUUUACAGCCAAAAUGCAGAAGAACUUUUGAAACGAAGAAAAGUCUAUCGAGAAAUAAUUUUUAAGUAUUUGGCAGUACAAGGAAUUGCAGUGCCUCCUUCCUCUGAGAAACAUCAACUCAUUGCCUAUGUAAGGCAGUACUGGGACAGGAAGCUCACAUCAUGCGUCUCAGAGUCAGGGGAGAGAAAAACACACGCAGAGAGUCAUGAAAAGAGGAAGAAGUCACAGGAUGAUAUUCAUAAUCUCGGAGGAGAAUUCUGCCAAUGGUUCUUCAAACUCCUAAAUUCCCAGCAUCCUUUGGGAGUAAAAUCUGAAGAAACGUGGGGACCACAGCAUUUCUGGGAGAAUGCCAAAAUGAAGUUCUGUUACAAUGCAGUAGAAAAAAAUGUGGAAGAAUAUGAUGGUGCAGAAAUGGUGAGCCUUCGUCUGCUCUCAUUGGUUAAAGAAGAAUAUCUUCUAUUCAACCCUAACUUGACUGCUGAUGGACUGAAAUGUGCCUUGUCUCGACAUGGGUUAGUACUGGUAGCAGUGGCAGGAACAGUACAUAGAGGCAACAGUUGUUUGGGUAUCUUUGAACAAAUUUUUGGACUCAUUAGGUGUCCAGUUAGAGGGAAUACGUGGAAAGUAAAAAUCGUGAAUCUUAAAAUAGUUGGACAGAAUGCUCUGGAGACUGGAAUGCAGAUCGAAAAACCUUCCAUCAAAUACGAGUUAAAUCAACUGCAAGAGUGGUGCGAUGGGAAAGAACUGGCAGUGCUUGAACCUCACAAAUACUGAGCAAUUCUUUCAAAACUGAGUGACUGUUGGGGGGGCGGGGAGGACCAUACAGCACUUACAGUGCUCAGCUGAAGAUUGAAAUGAUUGCAGCAAUGUGAUGUCUCUUUCUUGAGUCAGAUUUGCUGGAUGACAGAUGGAAAUACAGUCUAAAGUAUUUGUACAGGUGACGGUUUGGGGCACCUUUCCAACAGCUAACAAACAUUGAAACAUAUUACUGUAGGCUUUGUAACUAUAGUUAGGAAUGGAGUUACUUAACAGAAUGCGGGUACGUUUGAGUAUAGGAAGUUUUACAUCAAGUUGGAUGACCUCGAGUUUACAAGCUGUACGUUGCUUCUUUUCGGGACCCAUUUUAAACUCCUGUCUGAGUUAUAUGAGCAAGUCCUUGCUUCUGGCUUUUUGAAAUUGGGACUGGUGGAUGUCUGAAUGGUCUUUUAAAAGUCCUAAGAAAACCAUCUGCUGAUUUGGCAAUCUUUGGAAGGAACAGACAGAAUAAAGUGAAUGGAAAUGCUGCCUAUUCAUUCUGAAUGUGAUUUCUUCUCUAGCCAGUAGUAGUAGUUUAAUGGGACAACGCAGAACUUAGCAUUGUUGAAAUUUGUUUCCUUUAUUUUCUUUUUCUUUACAGUUCCACCUUUGAGAUGGUUUCCCAGGCAUCUGUUUCUAGCACUGUCUCUCUUGGAUCAAAUGGUUGAUUUUAUGACUUACAGACUUAGUGUCUGAAGCAAAUGCUUUGACAAUUAUUUUGUAUAUACUUGCAACAGAGUUUCUAAUAUAAUAAUUGUAAUUUUUAUAUGUUUUCUCAAAAUAGAAUUUUUUGUCUACUCCUAGCUGCUUUAUUAUGUUGUCAAGACAAUGAGAAUUUACAAAUGGUGAUUUAAAUAAAUAAAGAAUGCAAAUACUACUGAAAUUA